AUGGUUGUGCCUUUUGCCGUUGGCAUGAUCCCAAACGAGCCGGCGGCAGACAGGCACGUACAACAAGAUUCGAAUGGAGUAAAUCGUGGAAAAUGCAUGUCUCUGGACCAUUGUCCAAAUGCGACCUCCCAGACUCCGGCCGACAUGUACACUCGAAAGCCGAUGGGCGCGUAUCACAGACGCCCACAUCUCCGGCCCCAGCAACAGGAUCGCCAGUCCCGGCUGGCAGCAGCAGAGGCAAGAAAACUGGCUGUUUUUUAUUGGGGAAGUGUCAUUAAUGCGGAUACAUGGCGGACAUGUUGA